AUGGAUCUAGACGUCAGCCUCGAAUGUAACAUUUCUUACAACAAGUGCGCUAAAAUUGAUAAUGAGAAUAAUAUUUCAGAGCCCGAUUUCAAUCGUGGGUGUUGGAAGUCCUUCGUAGAUCUUUGUUGGCCAACGGAAGAGACUCCUGUUCUGUCCUUGAUCAUACCUCUCCUUCUGAUUGCAUCCGUGUCUAUCGGGACGAAUACGUUGGUGUGUGUUGUGUUCUACUUGUACAGUCAGCUCCGAUUAAUAAGACAUUACUUUGUCAUCAACCUGGCUGUCGUGGACGUUGUAAUCGCUGCUGUUCUGAUCCCCUUAUUUGUUGCAAGUCAGUUAGCCCCGGAAAACAUCAUACUCUGUCGUUCCCAGAUCGUUCUGGACAUUGCGUGCGGUACGGCGUCCAUUUUGUGCCUUGUCAUGAUUAGCCUGGAACGUUACGUGGCCGUGAAAUAUUCCUUGCAUUACCAUUCGAUAGUCACUCAGCGUAAGGCCAUUUUUGGCAUGGUUUUUAUCUGGACUUACUCAGCGAUUGUCUCUUGCACCGCCUUCCUAUCUUUGGUCAAAAAUUCCAACAAUAGCAAAAAUCUGCUGCAGUGUUUUUUCUUAAGCCGCGGGUACGUGACCUUUAUCACGAUAGCGAGUUUCAUUAGCCCAGUUUGUGUGAUGACGUUUGCUUACUGGAACAUGUUCAUCGUUGCUCGCUCGCACGCGCGAAGAAUUAACUCUCAAUCGACGCAAUGUGAUCCCGAGGGAUCGGGACACUCCAAACGAAGAUUGAAGCGGGAACUUAAAGGAGCAAAGACUUUGACCAUCAUAAUGGGCACCCACUUUCUCUGCUGGUGCCCGCUGUUUGUUUUUUUAUCUUGUUUACACGUACACGUCUUUACAGGUAACGAAGACAUUUACAGUUAUUAA